GUUGUCAUCUGGCUUAACCUGGCCGCCCGACUGAGUCGCGACUGGACGCAUUCCGUGCUCGCGCGAGCUUAUCGCACUUCCUUGACUGCUCACUGUGUUCAGAACCGUGCUUGGAUUAUACCGCGACCGUUGGAGGGCUCGUAGCAAGGAAGCGGAGAAAGAUUGAGAUGGGGCUGAUCUGCCGAUCGUACGGGCCGCUUGCGGGCUCUUUCGCCGCUUGGCCGCUCCCACAGACUUCGCCGUCGCUUGGUUCUUUACCCCCGGUCAUACAAACCACCAGCCAGCAAAGAUGGCCGCCCUUAUGCAGAAGUCCGCGCUGUCGCGCCCGGCAUGCUCCACCCGCAGCUCUCGCCGCGCUGUGGUCGUCCGCGCCGCGGCUGACCGCAAGCUGUGGGCCCCCGGCGUUGUUGCCCCUGAGUACCUGAAGGGCGACCUGGCCGGCGACUACGGCUGGGACCCUCUCGGCCUGGGCGCUGACCCCACCGCUCUGAAGUGGUACCGCCAGUCGGAGCUGCAGCACGCUCGCUGGGCGAUGCUGGGUGUUGCUGGCGUGCUGGUUCAGGAGAUCGUGAAGCCCGAUGUGUACUUCUACGAGGCUGGCCUGCCCCAGAACCUGCCCGAGCCCUUCACCAACAUCAACAUGGGUGGCCUGCUGGCUUGGGAGUUCAUCCUGAUGCACUGGGUUGAGGUCCGCCGCUGGCAGGACUACAAGAACUUCGGCUCGGUCAACGAGGACCCCAUCUUCAAGGGCAACAAGGUGCCCAACCCGGAGAUGGGCUACCCCGGCGGCAUCUUCGACCCCUUUGGCUUCUCCAAGGGUAACCUGAAGGAGCUGCAGACCAAGGAGAUCAAGAACGGCCGCCUGGCCAUGAUCGCCUACAUGGCCUUCAUCCUGCAGGCCCAGGCCACCGGCAAGGGCCCCCUGGCCGCCCUGUCGGCCCACCUGUCGAACCCCUUCGGCAACAACAUCCUGAAGAACAUCGGCACUUGCACCGUGCCCCACUCCGUGGAUGUCCAGGGCCUGACCAUCCCCCUGACCUGCCUGUGGCCCGGCAGCCAGUAAGCCGCUUCCCCAGAGCAGCUUGCGCAGCCGCCUCGGGCAGCCGCCGCUGCCCGCAGCAGCGGUGGCGACCGAGGCGGAGACACACGCGCGCGCUUGGCGUGUUGCUGCACAGCGCAUGCCGACUAGCCGCGCGCGCGUGGGCUUGGUGCUAGAUCGGCGCGGCGCCAUUUUUUGAGUGCAUCCCGAGCGGUCGCCGUCUGGAUUUGGGCUGCUGCUGUUGCACGGCAGGGGCAGUGUGCACCGGCGGCGGCGUAGCGGGGUGUCGGCGUUUGCCCUAGGCGCCCAAGCGCUGACUGGAACUUUGACUUCCCGUGUACAAUGGUGACUUGAGAUGCUGCUACUUGGUGUAUAGGUUCGGCUUUUGUGGGUGCUUGAGUUGGUGGUCUUCAGAGUUUAGGACACGAGUUUUGGACAAGAGAGUGUGCAUGGUGAGCGAAGCGCGCCUGGAGACAGGGCUGCGCGUCCGCAGGUUGGUGUUGUGGCGUGGCGUGCGUGUGCGCCUUCAACCGACAGACUGAAGGCAGCACCACGUGUGAUGAGGCGGCUGGUCGGGGGCGAACCAGGGGGAGGGAUGAGGCCCGAGGCUUACUGGCCCAGUGCCGAGAACGGGUGUGUAACCCAAAACCUCG